GCAAAAUGCGAGAGAAAGAAAAUGGGAAAAAAUGCAAAUGGCGGUCGUUGUUAUUGUUCAAUUGUAACAAACGUACUGAAUUUUCGCUAAAUGCAAACUUUCCACGCACAGUGCAGCCCGUAAACGAGUGAACUAUGUUUAUUUGGCAUCUGGCGAUCGUGUUUUCGUUAUUGUUUGGCGGCAACUGAGCGUGCAAAGUGGAUAUUUGUCGUCGCAAAAAGUGUGUCACCCUCGGCUUCUCUGCUGAGCAAGGCUCAAAUGGAAUGGCGGCCGAUAGUGACGGUGAUCAACAGAAACGGACAAACAGUAGUAGUAGCAGGCUUCGAAAUGCCGGAAAAGAUGGAAACCGAAACAAGGGCUGCAAUAAAAACAACGUCAACUGCAAACCCAGUAGUAGUGUCAGUGAAGAAACGCCAGGCAGCCCUAGCACACUGAAGGCGGUUGUCAUAUGUGAAGGAAAUCUGCACGAUCCCGACUUUCCGACACGGCUCGAAAGCUUGGUGGCAAGUCUAACAACGCUGGUAGAAGAAAAGCAACCGGACGAUGGCAGCAAAGAAAAACAGGAGACCGGUGGCAAGCUUACGGUCGAUAAGGUGGAACCAUGGAACAGUGUGCGAGUUACGUUAUCGAUACCGAAGGAGGCCGCAAUACGGUUACGGAGGCUUGCUGCGGAAGGUAACAGCGCGUUGCGGGCCCUCGGCAUCCUGUCCGUGCAGCUGGAAGGUGAAACGGUACUGUCGUUGCGGUUAGCCGGCCAGCAGGAAAUUGUUUUGCGGACGGAUAACUCAGCGCUCGAUGGUGCGGUUGCUGGCAGCAGUGGUGGAGCUGUUGGUGGUUUGGGUGAACUAACGCGAGUUCUAUCCCAGCCACAGCAUCAAGCUGCCGUUGGCUUACAACAUCAAACUCAAUCCCAUUCUACGGGGUUACAUCAACCUCAAGGCGUUUAUGUUCAGCCAAUACCACCGACUCCACAACAGCACCAGCCACAACAACAGCAUCUUCUCCACCUGCAACAGCAGCACCAUCUGCAGCUACACCAUCAGCAGCAGCAGCAGCAGUUACUACACGGUACAGCGGAUGGUAAUCCCGGUCCCAGCACCUCGUCCAAACUCGUCCACUCGAAUCUGCCGAAAACGCUCAGCAAUGGUCCUCUGCCGCUGGAUGGCGCCACGGUCAGCGUUCCCAGUGGCGGAGGCACUGGUAGUGGUGCGCCAGCCGUUAUGUUCAAAUCACCCAACACAAUCUGCCCGAUGGACGGCAAGGUACCCGCCCAUGUGCCAAAUGUGGUCGACGCCUGCGAGUAUCCGUUCGAAAGCAUGACCCAGGCAAGGGUGAUACAGCGGCGGGAAAAUACGCUCGGAUUGGGUAGCGGAGGCGGUAGCAGUGGUGUGGCGGUAUCGGCUGGUCCCUCCCUAGCCACGGUUUCCGGUGUUGGCGUUGGUACGGUGGCUAAACAGCCGUCGAAUGGUCCAUUCGCUGGUGCGACUGGUGUAGGCCCAAUUCAACCACCGCCACCACCAUAUCAAUCGGCGGUUGGGACUGGAAACGUCGUUGUGAAGGAUAAUGCCGUUGCAGCAACGGCAUCGAUUCCGGUGGGUGUUGCGAAUGCUGGCAACAAUGUGGCCAUGUCAAGUCCUUUGUUGGUGAAUUUGUUGCAGAAUGAAAAUAGUCCACAGCAGCAAAAUGUUUCACCGCAACAGCAGCAGCAGCAGCAAUUAAUGCGUGGCGUCGUAGGUCAACCUAUCCUGAAGCAGGAAUUGUUGAUAGCCGGUGGCGGUGGCGGUGUUGCAGGUGGUGUGGUGAAAGGUGGAGUCAUUCCAAACAUGUCGCAGAGUGGUGUUGUUGGUGGCAGUUCGGUGUCGAACGUGAUGAGUGACAAUGAUCCGAGUGUGCACGGUGUUGUAAUGGGAGGCGGAAACCUUAAGAGUGGUAGCGCUGUUGUGAAUCAGCAACAGCAUCUAGUGCAUCAUCCAGUGAUUGGUGGCGGGACACCGACGAUGUCCACGUCUAUGGUUUCGGGACGGGCAACGGCAGCGUCUGCUGUCGCUCAGCAGCCGCAGCAGCAUCAGCAGCUGACCUUAGUGAAUAAUAAUAGUUCAUUGCGUGGAUCGGCGGUGGCGUCCACAACAGUGCCGCCGGGUGUGUCGAGCGCGAUGCUCAGUAGUCCUAGUGGUGUGAAUAGAAAUAACAAUCUGCCACCAGCGGCGGUAGCGUCGACGGUUCUACCAUCAGCGAACAGCAGUAAUGACAGUAACAGUAACAAUCAGAGUGCGUUGAGUGUGUCGCCUUCCUCUCUAGUAACUCCACCAUUGUCAGUGCCUUCAAAUAGUAGCAGCAGCAGUGUCAACGCCGCCUCCACAAACACGGUUAAGCUGCAACGAUACAGUCUUGUGCCGGGUGGCGCUCCUUCUACGAGUGGAGUGGUCGGAGGAGUGGCUGUCGGGUUGGGUCCUGGCAUUAGGACUCCACAACAGCAACAGCUCGGCGCCACGAACAGCAUUCGAGCACCUGUGAUGGGACCGUCGCAUAGCCAGUCUCAGGUAAUGCGGCCACCCGCGACUCCGGCGGCGUUCCAGCUGCACGACCAACUACAAAUGCAGCAGCAACCACAACAUUCCCAGCAACUGAACCGUUUUCCGAUUCAGCAACAGCAACAGCUACCUUUUCGACAACCAAAUCCAAUGCCACUACCGCCUCAGCAGCAGCAGCAGCAGCAGUUACAACAACAAGGACAUCAACCAGUUGUUGGAUAUACUCAACGAUGGCCAACGUUGCCAAUGGAUUCGGCAACCAAGUCGGGCUACCAGGAGUUUGCACGCUUUCAGAUGCAGUACAAUCUCAGUCAGCAACAGUUAAACAAGCCCGGUAGUAAUAGUGCGACUGUGUUGGGCCAGCUCGAUGAAACCGCGCCAACUGCUGCGUCGACGAAUGUUGGUUCGGAUCCGCUUGAAUUAGGCAACUGUUUGGUGGAUCUGCCUGAUUUAGCGAAAAAUGAUCUUGAUUCGUUACUACCAAGCUAUCUCGACAGUAGCGCAUUUCUCGAUGCGAAGCUGGAGGAUCUGGACGAGCUGGAUCUGAUGGAUCAUCAUCAACAGCAGCAGCUUGGUACGGUAACGGGUGAUCUGUCAGCGAAUGCCCCGGGUACACUUCUCGGUGGUGGUGCGUCGUCCAGUAAUAGCACUUCCUUAGCACCGGGUCUCUCCGUUGGUAUGCCCGGUAUGGUGGGAGCCCCUGGCGUCUCGACGUUGACCGAUGCUCAAUCCCGAGAACGUCGAUGGAAGGCCCAACUGCUAAUCAAUCCACUCACCGGCGAGCUGGAAGAAACACAGGUGGAAGACCUCGGCACCGAAGAUGCGGACAAGGGCAAGCUGGGAAGGAUGGUAAAUGCUGUUCGUGUGAACGAUUUCCCACCGGAAGUACCGAAUUUGUUGUACUCGGACGAAGAUACCACUGGCAGUGCUGGAGGGCUUUCUUCUUCGCGAAUCUUUUCGGAUGCGAGUGAUUCUGAUCGUCCUUCACCGCUUUCGGGCUUGGUAGGAGUUGAGGGUACUAGUGGCGUAUCCUCCGUGGGUGUCCCGCCGUCAACAUCUGUCGUUGGUGGCGGUAUGUCUAUGCCACUGGAAACGGCGCCCGGUGGUGUCACAGGAAAAUCUGGCAAGGUGAAGAAGGAACGUGCGAAACCUGUCAAGGGCAAAGACAAACAGAAGGUACCAGUAUCGUCCAAGGACAAAACGAAGGAAAGGGUUAAAGCAUCUCUAAAGGCGGUCGUAAAGCAAAAAGCGAAAGUGCUUGCCACGCCCGCGCUGCUUGUGGAUGGAGUGUUCGGGUCGGGUGAUUCGCCGAGUAAAAAUGGAACCGAACUGAAGCUUCGAUUCAAGCUGGAAAAACCCGAAUCUGUGGCAGUGCGCACAGGAGGUGGUGUGGGAAUGAGUGUUUUGCCAACCACUGCAACAUCCGCUCCGGUGGAACGGUUAACACUAGACAGUGACGGUGCUGCAUUGCUGACAUCGUUGCAAUUGAAUCCUGCCUCAUUGCAGCAAUCUCAUCAGACGCUUGGUACCUCGAUUUCGGUUACAGUCAGCUCCGAAGCGGGAAAUGUUACAACUUCCAGUAAUAUUGCCACUACACCUACUUCUUCGCUUGUUGCUGGUAAUAGUAGCACAAACAGUAUCGGUGGUCCCGCAGGGACACCUUCCUUGAGUGCACCAAGUUCUGAGGAACUGCGGGUGCCACCGCUACACAUCAGCUUGCGGGGGAAGAACUCUGUAGUGAUAAAGAAUUCCCGCAAAGAUCGUAAGAAAAGUCAGAGCGGAGGCGAAGAGGACAGUAGUGACGGCGGAGGUGGGUUGGCGAAACGAUCCUCGACCGGCAAACGUAAUCCAAUUGAGCUAAACGCUCCUCCGUCAUCAUCUCCACCUGCUUAUCACAAUCACAUCGGAACAUCCGAGACGGUGACGGUUGACGCAGGAUGUGCCGGGCUACUAAGCUCAUCUCAGAAACGCCCAGCAAGCGCGGAAGGCACGAGUAACAGUGGUUCGGCCAACACCACCACCUCCACCUCCAUGGGCCAUCAUCCGAACGGAUAUGUUUGUCCGGAAAAGAAACGCAGGCUCAGUAAUGGUGGUAGCGCCGUGAGUUUAACUGCAACCGGUGCCCUUGCCUCUGGAACUAACGUGAUGAGUAGUAGUAGUGGUAGUAGUAGUAGCACGGCAGCAGAAGCAAUGACCACCCCCAGCAGCACUGUCACAACCAGUGUGCAGGAAAUAAACGACAUCUAUGAAUCGAUCGUGACGACAAGCGCUAGUGGACCGAUCGGUUCUACCAACGUCGGUACAGUAGCUCCUCCAACGUCCAAUUUGCUCCAGUCGGCUGCAAAAAACUGCAAGAGCUCCGGUGCGAACAAUGUUAAUAACAACAACAACCAUAACAGUAACAACAAUGGCGGCAACAACAUCAACAACAACAAUAUCAACAUUAAUAACAAUGGUGGCAGUUAUGGUAGCAAGGGUCAGAGAAGUCUGACAGUUAAAGCGGCGUUGGUGGAUGCCGAGAGUGCCGGGAGCACGGGAACAAUGGCUGCCCAAGUGACGGCUGAAGCGACGGACGCGAGUAGUAAAGACGAGUGUGUCCCUGCGACAUUAGUAGUAACAUCGUCAACAUCACCUUCAUCUUCAGUCAACUCCAUCACUACUGCCGACACCAGUUCCAUCAUCAGCAACACGACCAUCAUCUCCACCACCACCACACCAACAUCUACCUCAAGUGAGAAAUCCUCCCUUAACCUGGACAGUCAACCGUGCGGUGAGGAGCAAAUACAGCAAGAAAAAACCAACACCAUCCUACAUCACGUUCUUCAGCAUCACCAACAACAACAACACCAUCAUCCGGAUCAGUUGCGGGAGCAGCACCAUAGUGCUAGUAGUAGUAGUAGUAGUAGUAGUAAUCGACCACCGGAGCAACUGCUUGCGGACGACCCAUCAUCGCUAGAGAAAAGCAAACUCGACUGUACAGAAGUAACAGCAGCAGGAGCAGUAGCAGCAGUAGCUGAAAAAGGAUCAUCGCCUCAUUCUCCCGCGACAGGAACAACACUGACAACGGCGGCAGCGUCAGCGACAGCGGCAGCGGUUGCGAGUGCGGCGAUCGUCGGCGUAAAUCAUCAUCUACUCGGACAUUCGAAUGUCCGAGGUUCACCAGGAUCUCAGGCGCAGGGAGAGGAUAGUGGCAUCGAGUCGAUGGAUGCGCUGUCGGAGAAAAGUCCCCACCAACUCUCCACGCAUAGUCCGCAGGGUUCGCACAGUAGUAGUAGCAGCAGUAGCAGCAGCAGUAGUAGUGGUAAUGGCAAUGGAGUGACUACUACAGCUGGAAAUGGCAACAUAAGCAGCAGUACAAAUGCGGAUAGUAACCUGGAGAGGAAACCAACACCCUCUAGCAAGAUACUUGUGGAUGGAGCUAGUAGUGGUGAGGUGGAGAAAAGUGCAACAGAGAACCAAAAAGCGACUGCUUUGCUCGACGCCGCGAACCUCGAGGACUAUAGUGAUAUAGAGGCAGCACUGGCAAAAAUGGAAGGUUUGAAUGACCUUGCGGACGGGAUGAGCUGCGGUGGAGAUGUUACUGAUGCAAAGCUAAACGGAGAUCAUUCCAUACACCUGAAACCCUCCGCUGAUAUGCUCGAUGACCAUCAUCACCACAAUCAUCAUGACGAUGCGCUGGAGAGUGCACUAGACCAGACGACAAACCUGCGGAAGAUCCUUGACAUGGGAGACUUGGAAGAGGAGCGAAAGCAUCAGAGUAUUAUUGAGAAGGAUGUCGAUGUCGCCACUAAACAAGCCACUCACAGGCUAGUGGAGGACGAAGAACAGAAGCAGCAGCAUAAACAGCAACAACAGCAGCAAGAAUCGGGCACGACAGGGAAGAAGAAAAUCGUAGAAAAGCGUGCGAAAGCUUCCUCGAUAACUGCUGAAAAAGAAAAGCAGAAACAAAAGGAGCUUGUCGGCAACAACAAUCAUCCGGAAGAGGACGGGCGCAAAUUAUUGCUGCCUGGACUCGAUUCGUCGCAAGCGUUCGAUGGUGUUGCUGUAGAUGGAUGCGAUGAUGUAUCAGGCACCGUUCCACCAGCAAACGAUGAAUGCUGCAACCAUAGUAAAGAUAUCCCUAAAAGUGUGAAAAGCGAAUGUGAUAGUAAGGUAAUAGUGUUAGUGGACGAUAAACAACACCUAGUUAAGUCUGAUCCCGACGAGGCUAUCGUUAGUAGUGUAAAGAAGAGUUUAAGAAAAUCUUCUGACGAACGGCAAUCAGUUACCACCACAACCACCACCACGGCUUGCACACAAGCUGCUGCGGUUGUUGUUGCUGCUGCUGCUGCUGCUGUUGCUGCUACUACUACUGUGACAGUUGCUUCUGUUUCCGUGAAGCUCGAACCGGUACCGACACCACAAACUCCACCUGCAACGUUGAAGAUGGAACCGGAAAGUCCUGAUAUAGCAGCUGAGCAGCCGCACAUCGAUCUAAAACCGCGCCACGAGCAACCACCGCUGUACAGCUAUUCCAGUGAAAAGGCGCGUGAGCGACGGACGGCUGCUGCGGCCAGUGAUGGCAUUCAGGUCCAGUCGGGAAACGGGGUAGCAGCGAGAUCGCGACGAAGUUCGUCCGUGGUAUCAUCGUCGGCUGAAGGCAGUGAUGUUGCCAAUCCUAUGGUGGAUUCGGAAAAUGAGUCUUUGAGCAAAACGAGGACACCUGUGAACAGUGCCGCCGCCGCCGUUGACCAGGAUGCAGCUACUACACGUACUACUGCAAAAGUAGCAAACGAGCCAUCGGCAACAUCUGAGCAAGGGAAAGAGAUGUUGACUCAACUGUCGAUAGAAAUACCAUCCCAUUCGGACAGUGGUGAGCAUCGAAUAAGGACACGUGCCUCGAGCAAACUGGAGAGUCCUCUGGAACUUCCACCGAGGCAGAGUCCUUCAGCGUUGCAUGAUUUGCACGGUUCUGUUGCAGCCGGUGCAAACAAUGGAUUCAACACUUCGGCAGGUCCCCCAACAUCUGCAUCGAAGAAUGGAGCUACAACAACAACGGUUGGCAGUGUAAAAUCCAAUACAGGUGUUGCUGCUACUACUUCUACUCCAAAUCCAACAUCCAACGCAGCUGCUGGUAACGAUCGCCAGAGUCCAAAAUCGGCCACAAGUUCUACCCGCCCCGGAACUGCUGCCAACAAACGGAAGCGGCAGGGAUCGGAAAGUUCAAACCAGUCCGGCGUCAGCGACGAUGUUCCGACACGUGCCAAGAAGUCGCGUAAAGUGGCGACGACAGCUGCCGCAGCUGCUUCCUCCUCCGAGUCGGGAACGACAGCUCUCCCAGAUACACCUGCGAAGCCGGCGCUGCGAAGAUCUGCUGAAAACACGCUCGCCAAGGGUCGCGUAUCGAGAAAAAUGGCUGCCGCAGCUGCUGCAGCGGCAGCUGUUGCUGCGGCCGCCGCCAGUACACCAACAGCAACACCACCGACAGUAACGAUCGUUGCGGAUUCGUCUGACAGCGACGAACCUUUGAUAGAAAUCGCGGGUAAAGCUCGACAUUCUAAACUAACCUCCAAAAUCAGCUCAACUUCUAGUACUACUAGUAAUGCAACUACUACUACAACUACUACUAUUACUACUACUACUACCACUUCCACUACUACCAUACAAUCUUUUACCGCUACUUCUAUUACUACUUCUACUCUCACCUCUGCUACUACUGCUACCACGACCAUCAAUAUCAAUACUAUUCGCAACAAUGCCACCCCAGCCAACAACAACAACAAUACUUCGACUACAAAUUCUGCUUCAUCUUCCUCAACUUCGUGUAAAACCUUAGCCGCUGCAGGUGCUUCCUGCGAGAGAAAUGCACUGUUGUCCGCCACGCUCGCAUCCCAGCAAGUUGCCAGUGAAAGCGUACCAUCGUCAGCCGGUGUUGAGAAAGAAAAAUCGCUUCGCAAUCAUCCGAACAAGAGUAGUGGCAAGCAGUCGUCUUCCAUAGCAUCAUCAUCGUCGGUGGAUCAAUCGUCGAGUUCCGGAUCAGUCACAACAUCCACCACGACUAGUAGCAGCGGUACUGUUGCUACUGGAAGCAAUGGUCCGACGAGCAACGCAAUACCCGACAAUGACAGUCGACAGACGACGGCGACACCGGCUUCUGGAACGAAUGUGACGGUCACAUCACCGGCUACGGAUGAGAAAAUCAGCACACGGCGCAGCGUCCGCAUGACAUCAUCGACACUUUCGACGGCGGCUAUGAAUAAUAAGGCGAAAGCGGCUGCAAAUGCUUUAUUGCUGCAGAACACCUCGUCUACAACAGCAACGAUGUCGGCUGCUGGACCCGCCACCGCUACAACCAACCACAAUAUCGACAGUAAUCAUCAUGGGAACGCCAUCGUUCCUAACAACAGUACCGCUGUGAAUGAAGCUGCCAGUGGUGGUUCACCCGCAGGCAGUGCUGUAACUGUCGGCCAUGGUGGUAACGGUGGAUCACCGGCUGCUACAAAUGCCGUCGCCGCAUCCGGCGGAGGAGCUGUAUCGGGCGGUUCUAAUGGCAAUCACAACACCAGUACCAAAGUGGCUAACCACGUAAGCCAACAUCAUCAUCCUUCCGUUGGAGGUGGUUUGAAAGGAGCCGGAACAUCGGGUAAUGGUGGCGAUGGAAAAGCGGCCAUCUUAGCAAAUGCUCAUAGUGGUGGUGGUGGUAGUACGGCGGCACCGGCAACCGAGACCAGCACAGCGACGGAACUGCGUCGAAAAACGAGAAGCGCAGCCGGGCUUGAAGUAACCGUUGCCGAAGGGCGCCGGAGAAGGAUCUCGCGAGACAGCAAGUGACCAAUAGCUUGCGCCUCAGCCGUUAGUGACGAUGACAAAUACUAUCGGCGUAGGCCUGAAGGUAUCAUAAACGAUUCCUCCAACCGCUGUGUUGAUGACCAUCAUCGUAACAAUCUGGUGACCAGUUACGCUAACGAAGACGUCACGGCUUCAUCACCCGAAACCAUUGUAGUGGUGGAAAG